UCCAGUGAUUAAAAAUCAAAUUUAUAUAUUAAGUUAAUUCUUUUUUUCAGUCAAUAGACCAUGUUGCAUUCACAAUUAUUAAAAUUUAUCCGAAGCGAUGUUUCCAAAUUUAUGUAUCUUGGUUCAUCUAACCUUCAUACGUCAUCUUUUCUCAAUAUAAAAGGAUUGUCAAGAAGAAGGAGUGAUAAAUCUUGCGAUCCUCCCAAAAUCGCUAUAAUACUUUCUGGUUGCGGUUAUCUCGACGGCUCGGAAAUAUCCGAAUGUAUAUCGGCGACGAUUCACAUAUCUGAGAAAGGAAUGAUACCAGUAUUUUUCGCACCUGACGCUGACAUUUGCGAGGUGAUCGAUCAUUACACAAAAGAACCCGAUAAUAGUUGCAGCCAAAGGAAUGCAUUAGUCGAAUCUGCUAGAUUGGCACGUAGCUGUAUACAACCAUUAUGCGAUUGCGAAGCCUGUAAUUUCGGUGCACUAAUUAUUCCUGGAGGAUUUGGUGCUGUUAGAACAUUGAGCGACUUUGCUACCAAAGGUUGCGACUGUACAGUGAUACCUGACUUAGAAAAACUUAUUCAAGAUUUCUCUUGUGAAAAAAAGCCAAUAGGUACUAUAUGCAUCGCUGGUGUUCUCGUUGCGCGAGUUUUAGAGGGUGUUAAAGUUACACUCGGUAAAGACUGCUCGCCGGAUGAGUGGCCGUACGCGGAAGCGAUUCAAAUAAUUAGACAGAUGGGUGCGAAGGUGGAUAUGAAGGACGUGAAAGGUGUAACGAAGUGUAAAAAAUACAACGUUUUUAGUACGCCUGCUUGGAUGUACAAGCCUGCGACGUACUGCGAUAUACAUACCGCCAUCGGGAAACUCAUCACAAUGCUAAAGAAAUGUAUUCGUCAGUGAAAGUCUUCGAGUGAUGGAAAGUAGCUUGAUUGAGUCGAUUAUACUAUUUUUUUUGUUUCUUUUUUUCCUCUUUUUUUUCUAAUUGCGUCGUAUAUAUGAGCGUGUACAUUGAAUGUAAUAAAAAAUGGUAUUUUUUUUUCGAGUGACAUUUUCUUUUCAUUUUAC